AUGGUAUCCGGGCUAUCUGCUCGUCGAUCGAAUAUUGCUGGACCAAAAAUAGGUGACAGAAGAACUCAGGAACCACAAGUUCCGCGCCACAUCACCGCGGUGUGCACCCCAUUCACGGGUUCUUAUGAAUCAGAUAGUGAUAUCGAAGUUCUUGACUCGCCACCAGCUGCUCGUCAUCAAGCCAAGCCUGCAGCCAAGAAAUGUUGGAGUAAUCAACCUUCUCCAUUAACGAGUUCGAAUGAAUCAGAUUCAGAUAGUUCAAUUGAAAUUCUUGAAUCACCACCAGCUCCCCGUCAUGCAGCUAAGCCUGCAGCCAAGAAGCAAUGGAUUCUUCGAGAUUCUCCAUGCAUGAGUUUAAGUGAGUCAUCAUCAAGCAGCGAGAGUGAAUGGGAAGAGUCACCAGCUGCCAGUCGCUCAUCAGAGUCUGCGACGAAGAAACCCUGUGGUCGGGCAUCUCCGUCCACGAAAUCCACUGAAUCCAAUACUGACAGCGAUGACCAAGAAUCAUCAACUACACGCUAUACCGACAGGCCUGUCGUCAGUAACCUCAUUCGAAAAUCUGCGGCGAGUAGCCGGACCCCGAACUUUUCAAAUACUAAUGAAUCAGAUACUGAGGGAGAGGAGCAAGAACCAGCAGCACGCAAAAAAUCUACUGGAUCAAAUGAAGACGAGGAAGAGGAGCAAGACUCGUUAAGUAGCGAGGGCCAUUGGGAAAAAUCACCAGCUGCAAGUCGCUCGCCAAAACCUGCGGCGAAGAAACGCUGUGGUCGGGCCUCUGCAUGCACAAGAUCUACAGAAUCCAACACUGACAGCGAUGACCAAGAAUCAUUAGCUGCACGCCAUUCCGUCAGGCCUGCAGCCAGUAAACCCAUUCGAAAACCUGCGGCGAGUAGCCGGACCCCAAACUUUUCAAAUGCUUCUGAAUCAGAUAGUGGGGGAGAGGAGCAAGAACCAGCAGCACGCAAAAAACCUACUGGAUCAAAUGAGGACAAGGAAAGGGAGCAAGACUCAUCAAGUAGCGAGGGCUAUUGGGAAAAACCAAGUCGCUCAUCAAAGCCUGCGGCGAAGAAACGCCGUGGUCGGGCCUCUCCGUCCACAAGAUCUACUGAAUCCAAUACUAACAUCGACGACCAAGAAUCAUCAGCUGCAAGCCAUUCCAUCAGGCCUGCAGGCAGCAACCCCAUUCGAAAACCUGCGGCUGAUAGCCCGACCCCUAACGUUUCAAAUGCUUCUGAAUCAGAUAGUGAUAGAGAAGAGCACGAACAAGCCACACGCGAGAGCCCCACUGGGUCAAGUGAGAACAACGAAGAGGAGCAAGACCCUUCAGCUGUACGUCGAUCUGCUCGAGACCGAAAGCUAACCGAUCUAGCAGCAAAGAAUCUUCAUCAUAAUUACACCGAAUCGCCGAAGAAGAGGAAGAAGAAAUUUGUCGAAGAAUCCAACGAGGAAAGUAAAGCGCGAACAACUAAGCGCCCAAGGACUAAGCGCAAGCGAAAGCAAGCUGAGCAAGAAUUUGUUGUGGACAAAGUCUUGAAUCAGAACAUUGUACUAAACGGCCGUGGUAAUUAUGUCAUCGAAUAUGAAUUGAGCUGGGUUGGAUACUCACAAAACGAAAACUGUUGGGAAAGUCCAGAAAGCAUGAACGGAGAGGAUAUCCUUCUCGAGGCUUUUUCAAAGUUUCCAACCUCUGCCGAAGCAUGUGUAGAUGAGGGCACAUACCACGUAGAAGGCCUGGGACGACCUAUUCAAGCUGUCGAGGAUGAGUAUGUGUACUCAGAAAAGGACCUGGAACGAUGUACGGCAUACUACGACCAAUGGGUAAAGCAGAAUCCCAAGGAGGCAAGGGAUACGUUUGUUGAAAUCAAGACCGACAGGGUUCACCUUCGAAUUGGAAUGUGGUACAAGUCGCGUGAGAAUGAUGAGCAAAGGCUCCUUAUUGCACGUUUGGACAAGAGAAACAAGGUUGCAAAAUGCCUUCUCUUCAUUCCGAGCACCAACACCAUCUUAAAGGAUACGCAUGCAGCAGAGGAUGGCAAAGUGAAAUACCUUUAUUACAAAGAUUCUUCAGUGCCAUUCGACGACCUCUGCGAACGGCACAUACGAUGCAAAGGGUCGAUUCCCACCUGCAAAUGGUGCUACAGUGAAACUUCUGAGCACGAAUUUACCAUUGCCAUUGAAUCGAAAACCAAUCAAAGCCUCCCAACACAAAUCAACUAUGGCAUAAAGAAACCCAAGGUUCUUGUCCUAUGCGCAGGGUCUAGCUUUGGGAUGUCUUGUGGAUACGGAGAGGGAGGAUUGGAAGUUGCGUGGAUGGUUGAGAAGGAUGAACAGAAAGCGAAAUGGUUGCGACGACAGUACUCGGAUCAGGCUAAAUCAGAAGGCCGCAAGCCACCUGUAUAUCAAGAAAGUGUCCACCGCUUCGUGAACAAGCUUCAAAAUGAUCGGUACGAGUCCAUUAAGAAAGAUGUAGAUCAUAUCCAUCUAUCUGCUCCAUUGCGAGGAAGGGACUAUGAGGACAACGAAAUUGCAGAAGCAUUUGUGGCCUGUGUCAAAAAUUUGAAACCUAAGACGGGCAUAUAUGACAGCUCAUUAGACUUGUUACUAGAAGAGAAUAUCGAGAUUUUGGAGACCAUGAUUGGUUGUCUUCAUCGCCUGGACUAUCAGAUCCGACUUAUGAUCCUCGAUGCAAGUGAGUAUGGAGAUCCAAUCGAGACGAAACGAGUGGUACUUUGUAUCGCAAAAGAAACGGCAUACUUGCCGAAUAGACCGAUAGCAACACAUGGUGGAGGACGAUUUAACGAUUUUUUGACAGUCGAAGAUGAAUUGUGUUUCCUCGAAGAUACGCCACCGCGCAGCGUAGUUGAGAUAUGCGGACAGCAGAUUUACCACCACACCUCACCAAGCCAUACACCGACGGCCGAAGAAUGCGAAAUGUUUGGGCUUCGCCAGGAAGUCCAAAGUUAUGUACCUACGGACGAGGAGUGUGAAGAGUUUGCACUUGAUCCUAGCAAGGUGGCCCCAGACAUGACAGGCACAAAUCGAUUCAUUCACUAUAAUAAGGAACGCUUCCUUACUAUCCGUGAACUUUUGUGCUUGAAGUCGUUCGAUAAGUUCAAGAAAUAUGAGCUUUUUGAUUCGGAACAAGAAAUGUUGCAACAAAUUGCGGAUGCAAUGCCGUUCAAAAUUGCAAGAGCAAUUGCCCGUUCCAUCGCACCUUCUUAUUGCACUACUUAUUUUAAUUGA